AUGGCUUCACCUGGCAAACAGGCGAUAAACAGACUGACCGGUUUUCUGCCAAAAGGUAGCCCUGGUAAAGGAGCAUUUACAGGAGUGGGUGCCAUUGUUACAUUGGGUCUUCUAGGUGUGGGAAUAAAUGCUAGUUUGUUUAACGUUGAUGGUGGUCAUCGAGCAAUCAAAUACACAAGAUUAUUUGGUGUGCAACAACGCAUCUAUAAUGAAGGAACACAUUUAAUGAUCCCAUGGCUUGAGGCACCGAUUGUUUAUGAUGUACGAGCAAAGCCAAGGAACAUUGCAUCAUUGACUGGAACGAAAGAUCUUCAAAUGGUAAAUAUCACUUGUCGUGUCUUAUCCAAACCGAAUAUUAGUGAAUUAGCCAAUAUCUAUAGAACUCUUGGCACCGAUUAUGAUGAACGUGUUCUUCCUUCGAUCGUUAAUGAAGUUUUGAAAUCGGUGGUCGCGCAAUUUAAUGCCUCACAAUUAAUUACACAACACGACGUAUCAAUCACUCACGUCGCAUUCUCACCAGAAUUCACUCACGCCGUAGAAGCAAAACAAAUCGCGCAACAAGAUGCACAACGGGCAGCUUUUGUAGUCGAACGUGCGAGACAGGAAAAACAAUCAAUCAUAAUCAAAGCAGAGGGAGAAGCAAAAUCCGCAGAAUUGCUCGGUGAAGCGAUAAAAAAUAAACCUGGAUUCAUUGAACUACGAAGAAUUGAGACAGCACGUGAAAUCGCAAAUAUUUUGUCGAAUUCACAGAAUAGGCUUUUGUUGGAUAACGAUAUGUUGUUGUUGAACACGUAA